GGAUAGAAGCUGGAACACCAGCUGCAGAAGAAACAGCCUCGGUGUGGCGAACAUGGAGCAAAAACACAUGUCUGCCUUUGCGCUGUACCAGACUCUGCAGUCAGAUCUCCCGCCUCCGCCUAAGAAGCCCUUUCAGCGGGCACAGGUGGAAGUAAAGAAGAAAAAGAAGAGGAAAGUAAACGGAUCUGCAGCUGCUGAUGUCAACCAGACUAGAGCCAAGAGGAAGAAGAUCCGAAAUAAGCUUCUGAAGGCAGCAAACAAAGAGACUAAGAAAGCUGGCAAAGAUAUAACCGAGGCAGAGGAGGAGGAGGAGAGUGUACCUGGAGAGUCUCUGGAUGCUGUCCUGACUGAGCUGACCAAAGUCAACAGCAGCAGACAGAGAGCCAGCAAGUUAUUUCAGUGGCUCAUCAACCCCGUUCCUGCCAAGGCCUUCUUCAGGGACACCUGGGAAAAGAAGCCGGUCCUUGUUCAACGCAAGAAUCCAGAUUACUACAAGGGACUGUUUUCAACUGCUGAGUUUGAUCGUAUAUUAAGAGAGGAAAAUGUUCAGUAUGGCGUGAACCUGGAUAUCACUAGUUACAUUAAUGGCAAGAGGGAAACGCAUAACCCACCAGGGAGGGCUCUGCCGUUCACCGUGUGGGAUUUUUACGAGAGUGGCUGCUCUGUACGCCUGUUGAAUCCUCAGGCUUUCUCCUUAACCGUGUGGAACGUGCUGUCCAUCCUCCAGGAGCAGUUCGGCACCAUGGCAGGAGCCAACGUAUACCUUACACCGCCAGGAACCCAGGGCUUUGCUCCACACUAUGACGACAUUGAAGCUUUUGUGGUUCAGCUGGAAGGGAAGAAACAUUGGCGAGUGUACAGUCCGAGGUCAGAAAAUGAAGUCUUGCCUGUAUUUUCAAGCCCGAACUUUGACCAGGCGGAGAUUGGGAAGCCUAUCCUGGACGUGGUGCUGGAAGCCGGGGAUCUCCUCUUCUUCCCCAGAGGAUUCAUCCAUCAGGGCAACUGCCUCCCGGACGCACACUCUCUGCACAUCACCAUCUCCUCGUACCAGAAGAACAGCUGGGGGGACCUGCUGCAGAAGGUCAUUCCUGCCGCAUUAGAAGUAGCCAUGGAGGAAGAUGUGGAGUUCAGGCGGGGUUUACCUCUGGACUACUUGACAUACAUGGGAGUGCAAAAUUCAGAUAAGGAAGACGCACAGAGGGCCAAAUUCUUGUCCCGGAUCGAGAACUUGAUGAAGAGACUGCCGAAAUACGCCCCGGUGGACGCCGCCGUCGAUCAGAAAGCCAGAGAGUUCUUCCAUGACUGCCUGCCCCCCGUGCUCACUCCAGAUGAACUGGCCACCAGCGUGCAUGGAGCACCGACCAGAUGGGUGGAUGGUAAAGUUACGGACGUCGGCGUCCACAUCACUACCCAGACCCAGAUCAAAAUUCUUCGUGCUGAGUGUGCAAGACUAUGCAGCAAUGGAGACGCCGUGCACCUUUGCCACACCACGGAUAACUCCAGAGUUUACCACAAAGAGGAGCUCAAGAGCUUUGAGAUACAAACAGAGCAUACCGACGCCGUCGAGUUUCUGAUCCAUUCUUAUCCCAGCUUUGUGACGGUUGGAAGUUUGCCGUGUGAUUCUGUUCAGGACAAGAUUGCUUUGGCCGAACUCCUUUUUGAGAAGGGAAUUAUUCACACCGCUGAACCUCUUCAGGCCCCACCAGCUGUUCACUCACGCUGAACACAUUGAGAAGAAAAAAAACCCAUCUCUUUGCAAAACAAGAUCUUCAGCAAUAAAACUCUGCCUGAAGGAGUC